AGAAAUUCAAUUCAGUCAAAAAUGCUCACUGUACUUGAAACUAACGCGCAGUGAAAAUGUGCGCGAUACAAUUUUGUCUACUAUUCCUGUUCAUCAGUGCCACAACAUCAUCUUUCAUCUCUGGUGGAUUUAAAAAACGUCCUGAAAUUAAAACAAAGUGUCCAAAUGUGAAAUCAAUCCGGAAUUUUGAUCUUGAAGGGCUUUUAGGUCCAUGGUACAUCAUCGAAUACUAUGCAAGCUCAGAGGAAGCAUUGUCCUAUCGCUGUAUGCGAGCUGAUUUCACCAUGUCGAAACAACUCCUGGACGUGACCAUGAACUUCACUUACAGCUUCACGGAUGAUCCACUUAAUGAGCAGUUGAUUGGUAAUAUCACAUGGAAUAUCCCGGAUAUGGAACAGCCUGCACAUUGGACACAUUCAGAAGACACUUAUGAAGGAGUAUACAAUACAUACGUCCUGGACUCUGAUUACACCUCCUGGGCACUGUUGAUGCACUGUGCAGAAAAGUCCAAAUCUCCACGUUAUUUAUCAAGUUUUAUUAUGAGUCGUGAAGCGACACUGGGCGUCAACGUCAUCUCUUAUCUCCGGGACAAACUUCCACGGUAUGAUAUUGACUUGCAGUAUAUGUUUGACAUGGGCCAGAAGGACUGCGAUGUUGCACAGGCUGGCAUUGAAAUCCCGCCUAGUUUGCUGGCGUUAAACAUAACCUUAAAUACGAUCAAUGCUACAGGCUUAUUGCCGCCGAGGAUACGCAAUAAGAAACGCAAGCAUCCGAUGAAACAUCAUCAUCAUAAUCAUUAACAAAUAAUUAUUUAAUAAUUUGUUAAUAUUUUCAGUGUGCAAAAUGUAAAAAUAUUUUUUUAGGUUAGAUUUAUUUUGGCUGAUGGCUGAUGAAUGUGUUUCUCUGUGUUUCGGUUUUCGGUAAAUUUGUCGCUUUAAUAAAUUCACAUUCUUUGCA